AUUUUCCAUCCACAAGCAUAGCAAUAAUUUAUAAGACCUCUUGUCUAUAACCCCUCAAAACGAUCCUAUAUUCUUUUUAUUUCUUUCGUUGCUUCUAAUAAUUAAGGAAAACACUCACGCGGGCGCACACACAGGGGCGAGUCCUUACAAUAGAGAUGGUUGAUAAUGGUGUCUCUGAUUCCUUAUUCAAGAUGCCCACCAUCAAGUUUACUAAGCUCUUCAUCAAUGGACACUUUGUUGAUUCCAUAUCAGGGAAGACAUUUGAGACAAUAGAUCCGAGAACAGGAGAGGUAAUAGUGAAGAUCAGUGAGGGAACUAAAGAAGACAUUGAUGCUGCUGUUGCAGCGGCGCGUGAGGCAUUUGACACUGGUCCAUGGCCCCGCAUGACCGGAGUUGAAAGAGCAAAAAUUAUGGUGAAAUGGGCAGAGCUUAUUGAAGAAAAUGGAGAAGAAUUAGCGGCAUUGGACACCAUUGAAGCUGGUUUGCUAUACCAAUUAACCAAGUUUGGGAUUCCCGCAGCAGCGGAUAUGUUGCGGUACUAUGCUGGUGCUGCUGACAAGAUUCAUGGGGAGGUAUUGAAGAGUUCUGGACAGUUCCAUGCAUACACAUUAAUGGAACCAAUUGGUGUUGUUGGACACAUCAUCCCUUGGAAUGUUCCUCUUAUGAUGUUCUUCACCAAGGUUGCACCUUCCAUUGCAGCUGGCUGCACCAUGGUCCUCAAACCCGCUGAACAGACCCCUCUCUCUGCUUUAUUUGUUGCUCAUCUAGCUAAGCUGGCUGGAGUUCCGGAUGGAGUGCUUAAUGUAGUACCGGGAUUCGGUCCGACUGCAGGUGCUGCAAUAAGCUCACACAUGGAGAUUGAUAAGGUUAGCUUUACCGGUUCAGUUGAAACAGGGCGUGAAGUGAUGCAUGCGGCAGCUAGUAGCAAUUUGAAGGCGGUUUCACUUGAAUUAGGUGGCAAGUCUCCCCUCAUUAUUUUUGAUGAUGCUGAUCUUGACAAAGCCGCUGACCUUGCAUUCUUCGGCAUGUUCUUGAACAAGGGAGAAAUAUGUGCUGCUGGUUCUCGUGUGUACGUUCAGGAAGGGAUCUAUGAUGAGCUUGAGAAGAAGUUGGUGGAGAAGGCAAAAGCUUGGGUUGUUGGAGAUCCUUUUGAUCCUAAAACCAACCAAGGACCUCAGGCUGACAAGAACCAAUUUGAUAAAAUUCUUUCCUACAUUGAGCAUGGAAAGAAAGAGGGAGCUACUCUUUUGACCGGGGGUAAAUCCAUCGGCACCAAGGGCUACUUCAUUGAACCUACAAUUUUCUCUCAUGUAAAGGAGGACAUGCGUAUAACUCAGGAUGAAAUAUUUGGCCCCGUGAUGACGUUAAUGAAGUUUAAGACAAUUGAGGAAGCCAUUAAGAGGGCAAACAAUACAAGAUACGGGUUAGCAGCGGGGAUAGUGACAAAGAACAUAGACACAGCAAACACAAUGUCAAGGUCCAUUCGCGCAGGCAUUGUUUGGAUCAAUUGCUAUUUGAUUCUUGAGAGUGACAUUCCUUUUGGAGGGUACAAGAUAAGUGGAUUUGGUGGAAAAGAUCUCGGUUUGAAUGCACUUCACAAGUACUUGCAACUUAAAUCUGUUGUAACUCCCAUUUACAAUUCUCCUUGGCAUUGAAUAUUAUAUGUAACGUAAUGUAUCCCACUCCCUCCCAUUUACACUUUAAAUAUCUAUCUCCAUCAUCUCGUUAAUAAAAAUGGGAGGUUGCAUGCGGUCAAUUUUCCAUGUCUAUGCAAGCACACUCUUGGAUCUUAUAUAUGUAUUCUAUAUUUAGGGUACUCUUCUAUUUAUUAUCAUUAUAUUGCCCCUAUAUAUUUGUUAGAUGAACUCAAAGUAACGGAGAAAUGAGAUGAUUCUGUUCUUGAUU